AUGGAAUUUUUAAAAAGUUUUGACUCGGAUGACGACGUAGAAUUUGUCGAGACAUUCUUCAAUGUUGUGCAACACGUUCACGCCGAAGAAAGUUCGAAUGCAGCGCGUACAAGGACGGUCGUCAAUCGUGAUCGCCAAGCCGCACACGACUUAUUGGUACGUGAUUAUUUUGCCGAUAAUUGUCUUUAUAAUGACGACUCGUUCGAACGUCGUUUUCGUCUGAAUAAGGCUAUAUUUUUACGUAUUAGUAAUGCUUUAGAAUCUCGUUAUGAUUUUUUCAAACAAAAACCCGACGCUAGAGGAAGAAUGGGUUUUAGUAGUAUACAAAAAUGUGCGGCUGCUCUUAGGUAUUUGGGAUACGGUAUAGCAUUUGAUGCAUCUGACGAAUACUUGAAAAUAUCUGAGAGGACCGCGGUUGAAUGUGUAGAUUGGUUUUCUGCAUGUGUUUAUGAGGUUUUUCACUAA